CGGUCUUCCCCCGAACCCAGGCCGACUGCCACUCUAGGAUACUGUUUCCGGGUUAGGGUGACCUCUGGGGUGAGGGACCUGCGACCCAGAGCGGGCCCCGGUCAAGCAGCCCUCACCAUGCUUCUCCCGCGUGGGAGAGCGGCUGGCGGGGCCCCGGCCCAGAGUCUCCCCUCUCCCCAGAUCUGCCCCCCAAGGGGAAAUUUGCCCCUUCUUCCUGCCCUUCCUCUACAGGCCUUGCUCCUUCCCAGACAGAUUUUUCCAAAAUCCAACUCCCAGCCCACUGGGCACCCACUUGGAGCAAUUGAGAGCGUUUCACCGAACGCCUUACGUGUGGUGUCGGAUUGUGUAACCUGAAAACGCUUCUGUCGAUUUUUGCGUCUGUACAGUGGGUUUUGCUUUCCAUCAUGGCUAUCACACAGUUUCGGUUAUUUAAAGUUUGUACUUGCCUAGCAACAGUAUUCUCAUUCCUAAAGAGGUUAAUAUGCAGAUCUGGUAGAGGACGGAAAUUAAGUGGAGACCAAAUAACUUUGCCAACUACAGUUGAUUAUUCAUCAGUUCCCAAACAGACAGAUGUGGAAGAGUGGACUUCCUGGGAUGAGGAUGCACCCACAAGUGUCAAGAUUGAAGGAGGAAAUGGGAAUGUGGCAACACAACAAAAUGCCUUAGAACAACUGGAGCCUGACUAUUUUAAGGACAUGACGCCAACUAUAAGGAAAACCCAGAAGAUCAUCAUUAAGAAGCGAGAACCAUUAAAUUUUGGCAUCCCAGAUGGUAGCACAGGCUUCUCUAGUAGACUAGCAGCUACACAAGAUAUGCCUUUCAUACAUCAGUCUCCUGAAUUGGGUGACUUAGAUACCUGGCAGGAAAACACCAAUGCUUGGGAAGAAGAAGAAGAUGCGGCCUGGCAAGCCGAAGAAGUUCUGAGGCAGCAGAAGAUAGCAGACAGAGAAAAGAGAGCAGCAGAACAACAAAGGAAGAAAAUGGAAAAGGAAGCCCAGCGGCUAAUGAAGAAGGAACAAAAUAAAAUUGGUGUGAAACUUUCAUAACAACUGUUCUUCAGAUGUCAUAGUGCCAGUGGGAGAAAUGCAAGCUCUGCAACCCAAGCAGCAUUUAUAUGGAGCCAAGAGUAUUUUCAGAAUACAAAUACCCUGCUUGAUUUUAAUGCAUUCGUCAGCCAGCCAGGCCACCGGGAUUCUCUCAAAGCCCCCUGAACUCUUAGUGAUUGAGACUCAGAGAACAAAAAAGACUUAUGAGACAAUAUUUUCUUCAACUUGUUCCAAGUGUACGACAAUUGUUUGUUGUAGAGAAAUUAUUACAAAUGGAAUUUAUCAGUACCUCUUCAAGCUAGUGUUUCUAGCUAAUUCAGUGGGUGUAAAUAAUUCUAUGAUGGGAAAGAAUUCUGCUGUCUAUAGUGCUUUCCUUCAGUGUGCAUAAUGUUAAAAUAAAUAAUUUUAAAUAUUUGUUUGUUUCCAUGAUUACCUAACCUAAAUCAGACAGACUUGCAGGGCUUUAACUUCUUAUUUUUGUUGUCAGAAGCUGGUGUUGGCAUAUAUUUGCUCUGGCUUGAACUGGCAUUCAUUAAGGCAUCUGGUCAUUUCAGUUUUCAAGAAAAUGACAUUAAAUGCAAUAAUUUUAUUUAUCACAAACAUUUUAUACAUCAUUGUUUUCUUUUAGAUGGUGUUGUAAUGUUUUACUUAUUUGUAAUUUAUAUUGCAUGUAUAAACAUACUGAAAAUAAGCUAAAAUGGCAAAUUUGUUUUACAUUAUUAUAAUUUGUGAGUUUUAAAAGCUAGUAUUUGUAGUUUUUCCCUGUCAUUGUAGAUUUUAAGAUGUUAUAGUAUCUUUAAGUACCUUAGCUCCUCUCUGCCAAAAGCCAUUAAUUUACAAAUCCAUAAAGCCUUCAGUUCUACUGUUUCAAAGCUUUUAGAUGAUUUCUGUAUCAGUUUUAUAUAAUAUGACAUAAUACAAGUUACCUAUGUUGUUUGCUAAGGUAACGUUGAGUAAUUAAACCAAGAUAGGAAUAAUAAUGCUUCUAUUUUUGGAUGUUGACAAGCUCCAAAAUAGUUUUCAGGAAAUAGAUAUAGACUGUGUUCAUAGGGAAAAAUGUAGAUUUGAUAGUUUAAAAUCUCAUUAAUUUUGUCUCCCCAAUUAAAAUACAUCCAGCCUGACCUUCUUUGGCUUUGGAAUUUAAGAUUUUUACUUUCUUAAAAGUUGCUGCCCAAAAUUAACAUUUUGUGAGUUUUUUAAAUGUCAUAAAUGCCAAAUACUGCUAAUUCAUUGGAAUUAAAGUGAUAUUUCAUAGUAAAAUCACAAACUAUACAAUAAACUCCUUAAGUUCUUAGCCUAAGCAUCUAGACCAAAUGGAAUUGUUUUUUUAUUUUCUUAAAAUUUUUAUUGGAGUACUGUUGAUUUACAAUGUUGUGUAAGUUUCAGAUGUACAGCAAAGUGAAAUCAGUUGAAAUUUAACUUUGGUAAAAAGCAAACUGUUACAGCCCCAAGCUAUAUUUUCAGUUAUGAUUAUUAGAGAGUUUUUGCCAGUGAACUCCCAAUUAAAUAGAAUUAGACUCAAAUUUGUAAUAAUAAAUGAAUUAUUUUA